AUGGCUUCCUCCUUCGAAUCUAUAGCUCAAUGGCGAGUAACUCCAGACAAUCCACCACGGGAAAUUGACGGCCUGGACUCGGAACGAUGCGCUGCCCUCCACAAUUUCGUCGUUCAACAUGGAUGGAACUCAUACCACGGCACUCCCGUCGAUCUGAACACCCUAUCCAGCUGGUGGACGAUUUGGGGCAACGAUGCUGAGAGUCUACGCCCGAAGCUUCAUCCGUCACUUGUGGACUUCUUGCAACGAGCAUAUGUUACACCUUGGAAAUCCGGGCUAAGCUUCUUUACAUAUCUCCAUGGGUUAAACGGCGUAGGUGAGUUUUGGUUCCACGAUGUUUUCGGAGAACCCGAGCGCACUGUGACGCUCUAUGUCACACAUACUGAGUUUGGGUCCAACCCGGAUGGACUUGUGUAUGACCAAGCCGAUCAUACUGUGCGCAUGAACUUCAGCAUGGAAGACAUAUCGGGUCCGGAAGUCGAUUCUGCAAAUGGCUGGAUGAAGUUAGAGUGCGUUCUGAGCAUAUACAUCGACAUGAUAGAGCGCGGCAAGGCCGUAGCGCUUUCGAAGCAGAUGAUUCUAGACCGUGAGGAUGCUCCUGAGAUUGAUCCUGUCACAGGGACGUUCAGGCUUGGGCACAUCUUCAAGCCUUGGACUAUGGUUCCAUAUUCGUCUUUGGAUAUCGAAGACACAAUUACGAUCUGGAAUGAACUUGUCGCGGAGAUCGAGAGGCGCAUGCCCGGCUACGUGGAGGAUAAACAGGAUACACCGCAAUACGGCCUUUUAGACGCUACCCAGCUGGAUGCCGCUGGGAUACCGCAGGGAUUUGCACGUGAGCUGCUUUCUCGCGUUCGAAAACCGAACUUUACCUUUAUUGCCCCCGGCAUACGAGUCCCAACUCUAGAAGAGUUUAUAGAGCAGCCAUUUCGUAGGAUCGAGGGCCCGCACUUUGAGCCGGACUUCCGGUGGGCAAUCCGCUUGUUCAUGAUCGAACAUACUAAACAGUAUUCUGAAACUGAAGUAACUUGGCCUAUCUACUUGCAGCAGUCGAGAAUGCCAUGCGGAGUAUUCUUUGAUUUCUGUUGGAUCCAGGCCCCUUGCCCAUUUGAAGAUUCAAUGCGUGUUGAACUUCCAUUCAAACUCGCAUGUCGCUCAGACGGUUCUACGCCGGGCUUAUGGGAAACGGAUUAUACUCAUCUAUACGGCAUGCGGCAUAGGACUCAGCUGCUGGCAAUACUCGAAAAUAUGUACGAAGCUUUAAUACUUGAUAACUGGCAAGUGGACAGCCACGGAGUGGCAGGAGGCAUUGCUGUAUUUGAAGAAGCAAGUAUGGAGCAAUUGGAGCAAUUUUACCGUAUACCAGUAGGACCAGGAUAUUUCUGGUGA